AUGGUGGAUCUUGCCGCCACGACGAUGGUUCAGUUCCUGCAAAGUAGUCCCUCGUUCAUGCAGAAGUUGAUCGUGUGGAGUCAGGAAGGAUCUCCGCUACGCCAGAAGGGUUUUCAUUUCAUUAACACUCCGAGUGGAUUCGAGAUGGUGUACGAUAUAUUCAAGAACUUCUUCAACAAGAAGAACCGCUCCCGGCUACACCUUCACAAGAAAAAACUGGAGUCACUAUACAAGCACAUACCGAAGAGUAUGCUGCCAGCUGAGUACGGCGGUGACGCGGGCCCAAUACAAGACCUAGUAGAUGCGUGGGCUAAGAAGAUGCUAAGCUACAAAGAGUACUUCCAGGAGGAAGAGCAGUACGGUACGGAUGAGGAGAAACGACCAAGUCGGCCGAAGAAAGCGGAUACCCUGUUCGGAAUGGAAGGUUCUUUCCGGAAGCUCGAAAUGGACUGA